AUGCGCCCUUCCCGGCUUUUCUUCGCUCUGUGCCUCGCUGUCCUUGCGGAAGACACUUUCUCCUUCACUUGCAGCCACCUUAUUCAUGAUGCUUCCGUUCCGCGUCUGUCAACCAGGCAGCACAGCAGUAGGCGAGCAGCAAGGGCUGGGAUAGUGUGCUCGGCUACUUCAGCGGACGUGGAGCAGAGCUUGAUGAAGCUGAUCCGCCAAACGAGAGGCCGAGGACAGCGAGCAACCCAAGAGCAGCUGCAGGAAAUCCAAUCCGCGAUCGACAACCUGGAGGAGGCAGGAGGGGUAGCGGACCCAGCUGUAUCGUCUCUGAUAGAGGGAGAUUGGGAGCUGCUGUACACCUCCAAGUCCAAGUUCGACCUCCGAAAUCCUCUAGGAAAGCGCGUGGACGGGACGAAGCCUGGCCUCGAGGGAGUUCUGUCAAGCAUCUUGGGAGAGGACAGCAAGACCGAGAUCGCGGCUGAGGGCAUCGGGGUCCAGAGGACAGUAACAUCGAUUGAAGGCAUCACGAUCACUCAGAACAUUCGGCUUCAGGGUCAAGAUCCUCGUGUGGAUCAAUAUGUUCGCUUCGGGAGCGGAGAGAACCUCUAUCUCAGACUGAGUGCCGCCGCAACCGUCGACAGGGCGACCAGCAAGAGAAUCUCUUUCACUUUCGAUCUAGCAUACUUCCAGGUUCCUUUUCGGCUGUUGGGCGACGAGGCGAAAGGAUGGCUCGAUACGACUUUCCUUUCGCAAAAUUUGAGAAUGUCCGGCUGA